AUGGAUAAUGGUUGCGAUGUUGAUCUCUCCACAGCGCAGAAGUUCUUCAAAAGCGCCGCUAGUGUGUUAGAGGUUGCAGAUAGUCGUCGGCGUGAGCAGGAGAUGAAAUCUUCGCAUGAUAAAACCUCCUCGUCAGGCACAGUCUCAUCAGCUGCGGGUAUUUCAAUGGAAGAACGAAAUGGUUGGAAGGAAGCAGCAACUCUAUUAUGGCGAAUCAUGCGGGAGAAUAAGUUGCAACUCCUCUCACAGGUUUCUGGCGAUGCAUGCUGCUUACUGUAUCGAUUGUGCGAGGGACUACUGAAUUACGCGUCUCAAAGGUUAACUAAUGACGGGAACAGUAGCUCCUCUGCGACAUUGCUCGAGAGAGUAACAUCACUUGGAAAUGAUCAUGUGUUAUCUUUCAUCGGGGCGUUUUGCACGCCCAGCAGAUGUACCAAAUUAAUGAACGGCGACAGCGAUGCGGGAAAUGACCUUUGCAUUCACAUGCACGACAUAUUGAUUAAUCAACAACACUUCCGGUGGAUGACAGCUGUGUUUCAGGAUUUCUGCAGUGCCGCGCAGCGCGCAUACGCGAAACAGACGGGUCUUGCUUCAUCUUUAGUUUGUACCGUGCGUGAGAUUUUAGGUAUAUUGGAGGAAUGCUCCAUGACUAGCGCUGAUUGCGCUCGUGCCCUCAUGCAUACGGAGCCGAAGCCGCUUGUUGUCAACUUGAUUCAUGGGCUCCGUAUUCGUAUUGCUCACAACUCGCUCAUCCGUCCACAUGUGUACGAUGACAAGCCAUUGCAGGACGAUAAUGGUAUGUUGACUUCAUCUGUUUCAAUAGCCCCAACUGAUCCAUCUCUUGCACUCCCUGUGAUUUUUCAAAAUACUGAGUCACUGGAGAGGUUGGGGAAAGGUGAGUUGGUUGAUUUGCUCACCAGGGGUCGUGGCAAUGUGUACGACGAACUCAACAGAAAGGCACUGGAGGUUGCGCUUAUCGUUGUGGAAAUGGCAGCCGGAUACGAGAGUCCCACAGUUAUCACAGCGCUCUGUCUCAUUAUUGAACUGAGCGCUCGCUCCCUCAUGCCAGAAAGGAAAGACGGUUUGCCGGUGAAUGCACCUCCGGAAGUGCGGAUCGCUAUGUACGAGAAUGUAAUUUCUGCUUGGAGGGGGCUGUGUAAGUUGCUGCAUUCUACUAAAGGUUGCAGCUCGUCCACACCCCUUGGCGCUCGCCGUGAUGCAUUUUUGCGGCACCAACUGAAGCAUGAUAUGGCUGGAAGUCUGAAGCAGCUCUUAGAGAACUGCGCUGAGUUACUAAGCGCAGAUCCGACAUUGUUUAGGGUUGUCACGCUUCAAUGUACUCCAUCCGUUUUUUGGGCGAAAUCUUAUGGCGGCGCAUGCGAUGAGUCACUCGGGGGUCUCUUGGGGAACAGUGGUGCUGAAGAAUCUUUGCAAAAUUCACAACUAGGAUCAGAGUUGGACAGCACGUGGUGGUACAAUAAUAAACCAUUCAUCACCAUAACUAGCAGCAUCACACAAGUACUCAAGGACGCACUCGAGACUGCCAUCAUGUCGACUUCAUUGACGGAGCAUAUUGUGGAGUCUCUAAUACAAAUAACAAUGAGAAGCAAGGAUGCCUUUGUUGCGGUGGAAGGUCAUUGUGUAGUUCAGUGCAUUCUCUCAUUGUCACUCAAAUGCGUACGACGGUCGCAGUCCACUUCUACACCGAUGGAGGCUGAAGAGAGACUGGUGCUCUUAACAUUGUUACACCGUGUCACCGCGGCACUGUUGCACUUGUACGGUAAACUUCGCGUGCAACCGCGUCCUUGUGACGUCGCGGACAUCAUAGAACUCCCGCCCUUAUUAUUAAAACAUCUUGACACCAUGGAAUCCAACGAGGAAAGGGAGUUGUCACGGCGCUUAAUGUCCCAAGCUACCGCUCUGUGGUACACCGUUCUGGCACUCAACGUCGACGAAGCAAAUAUCAAACGCUCGCAGGAGGUUCUUCCGGAACUUCUGCGAAACAUCUUGGACGACGGUGAGACAUCAAUUAUUCAGCAGAUAUUAGUGCGGGAACAUCGAAGUGGUGCGGAUGAUGGUGGUGUGAGUGCGAGCAGCUCCGGAAAAGGUGAACUGGUCAGCCUUUCUGGGAACCAGCAACUGGAAGAGAGCGAUGAUAUUGUUGUCCACUUACGUGGCGUGUUGGCGCUUCUCCUACAGAGGAAUCCACGCUUCCUUUCUGCGAGGGAAUUGGAAAUGUUGCUCAACCUUGUGUCAGCCAAGGGUGAGCUGUUGACCAGAUUAGGAUCCGCAUCCCUCUCUUGUAGCCUUUCACAUAGUGAGGUUUAUGUAGUUCUCGAGGAGCUUAUUCGCGGGGCGUCACCCGCCCUACUGUUGGACCUACUUUCAUUCCUUUCCAGUCAGCUGACCUCAGACGGGCUUGCCGCUGCUGCCAAAUACGAACGGCAGGUGUGGCUAUUUAAAUUCAAUUGUGUAGAUGCCGUGAUAGUAGUGAUGGAGCGCGUGCUGAAGAUAUCCAAUCAAUUGAAACAGUUCAAGCAACUCAUUCGCCAACUGUUCUGCUUCCUCUCAGUAGCUGAGCCCGUCUACGGUCUCGGCGCUCACCUUUCAAAUACAAACCUGGCACAAGUAUUCUCCAGCAGUCUUGCUUCCAUUAAGAGCGUGGAGCACAUCGUAUUCAUCGUGCAGGCAGUUCUCGAUGCGGCAAUGUCGACCUAUGACAGUGCUGGAAAUGCCUCAUCUAAGUUGAAUACUUACGGCCAGUUGUCACUACCCCACCCGAACUGCUGCCUAAGGAAACCCGUGUUCAUGGAGUUGCUCCCACCUCUGCUACGCCAUAUGCAUGUGCAUGCCUCGGAGUUGGAAAAUGAUGUACUCCGCGCUGUGCGGGACGUGUUACGCGCCACCGCAGUUGUGCGCUGCGAUGCUUUGUUGGACUGGGCAAUAGAGAUGGGGCACGCGUCACUAGUGCCAUACCUUGAGCUUGAUGCCACCUCAGCGGAGCAGCGGUUGCCACUAGUUUCUUCCGGUGAUGCGGAAGAUUUGAAGGCGUUUUGGACGCCUAUUUUGUCAAAUGCUUCGGAGCGUAGUGAAAUGCGGUUCAGUUGGUCUGGUGGUGUGGUCAUUACUGUUGGGGAGUGGCCAAAGAAGGGGUUCUCCAUGGCUUCAUGUUUUCGCUUCGAAGAAAUAUACCCUCGGGUAAAUAUUUUUCAAUUCGUGGGAAUUGACGGGACGCUGCGCUCACCAACAUGCGUAUUUCUAUUGGGGGGCGAGAGCGUGCAUAUUGAGUACGCUGGUAAAACGGUGCAGUUGAGCGAACCCGGAAUGCUGAAGGGACUUGCCCCCAGAGAGUGGGUACAUUUUCAUAUCGUGAUGAGUGUUGCUCACACUGUCAGUGUGUACUUCAACGCUAUGAAGAUCGGUACGUGUUCGCUGCCUUACUUCCACUCAGGGUCGCAGGCUUUGAUUCACAUUGGCCUCGUCAACACGGUAGUGCCAAACGCCCUCUAUUCUAUUGGAAACAUAAGUUUGUGGGAGGAAGAACUUAUAACCCCCCAAGUAGAAGCUCACUUGGCUGGCAGGAGUCAUGAAGCAGGCGUGUGUAAACUCCUUCCCUGUGAAGUGCCAAGGGAGAUUUCAGGGUCACGAAGUGUCUCCCCUGUUGGGGAUUGCGUUGCGCACUUCAGCCCAUGCGAAGUAGAUGACGGCCAAGUGCUCUUGAACACAUUGUUCCGUAGCGCGGAGGGUUGUUCUAUGAUCACUGCUAAAGCAAUUGGAGGAUGCGUUCAGCCACCGCGUUGUUGGAUCGAUUACAAGAGUUUCUUCAGUAACCGAGGUGGACUUAUGCACUUACUGCGUUGGAUAGGGAAAUCAAAGGACUCGGCUGAGCUUGAACGAAAUACAUCACUCCUGUGCACAACCUUGCGCUGCACGGCAAAUGCUAGUGCAACUGACUUCCGCACUUACGCGAUGUUGCAUUAUUAUCUUCGUCGCUCAGCUCAUCUAAUCACACCAGCAGUCUGUGAUAGUCUGGUGCAUCUUGCUACCGCGGAAGUGCGGGCAGGCAACGAAUUUCAUCCCUUUAUUAUAAAUCGUCUUGUCUUUGACCAUUUACUGGGAGACAUGGAGCUGCUCGCUGCGAUGCCACUCGAAAGCGCUACGCACGUAACAGAGCGCGUGGGGAAAAUGUUUGACGUCUUCUCUUGCCGUUUUGCUGAUCACAACGUGCAGUACAUACGCCCAUUUCGCUUUGUGGAUGGUAUACUCAACAGUUUGUCUUACAGCCGGCUGUCGCUCCCCUUCACCGUCCUGAAUCGUGUGAUUUCUAAUUUAAAGCACAUCAUCAUCGCGUGUGGCUUUGAAACCAACCUGGUGAGUUCAUUCAUGACAGCAGCAGCCGUCCUUACACCUGCAGAGGUGGAUGCGCAGAGCAAACAAAAGCAGCGGUUGAAACUUCCGCGAGCUCGUUUUACACAAAUUCAAGCGUCACAUAAAACAGCCUACAACGUCUCUUUAGCAAUUCUGAGGUGCCUCAUCGAGUGUAGUCGCGUGAGUGACGCAUUCCUUUCCGUCUUUUCGCGUCUCGUGGACCUCAACUGGUUCGUCGUAUGUGUAUCGCGCUUUGCAGAAACUACCUGCGUUGUGUACGCUACACACCUCUUCCUUGGGGCGCUGCGGCUCAACGAGGAGCUCCGUGCGGAAGUAAUGCAACACCCAGCCACCGUAGCCACCGCCCUGGAGCCACACAGUUUCAGCGAGGACCUUUUACUUUUACUUCUUGGUCAUAGCGUGGGAGCCGAUGGAUUCUUGGACUUACUCCACUCAAGCAAGUCCCUGCAUUUGCAGCUGGAUAGCGCCCUGGGUUCGUCAUUACACGAUUCUGACACGGCCAUAACUCCAAUUUUCUUCAGGUUGCUAAUGCUUCAUUUGAGUGCGUCGUUGACACGACCCCUUCUCUUUCGUCCGGGGCCUAUAUCACAGGUGGGGGGCCGUCGCCUCCUUCGCUCCUUUCGACUGUUUAAGUACCUUCACCUUGCCGUGGUGUGCUCGCGGUUGAUGUUAGGCAUUUAUGUGAAACGACUAUCGCAUCGCCCAACAGGUGCUGUCCCUGACGCUUGCUCGUCGCUCUGGUGGAACCCCACGCUUUCAAGGGAUUCGAGUAACACACAUCUUCCAGAAGCUGCGGGAGGUGCAAGCGAGCAUUGGGCGCAGGCAAAGGAUUCCUCUUUGCCGGUAGUGACAAGGAGUUUGUGGCAUCGACCAUCGUUCAUUGUUGUUGGCAUCGCCACUUACAUUUGGCGCCGCGUGCAGCGUUCACGGUACGCACGACUGCUCAGAAAUGACAUCCCUUUCCUUCUGAUCGACGGAGGAGGAGCAAGAGGAAGAGCCCAAAAGGAGGAAAUGUGUGGAACACUAUUUAUACUGAAAACAUUGUUGCAGAUAUCUAUGCAACCAAAUGCUUUUGCUCUCAUGACGCGAUCUCCGUUUCAGGUGGCGACGCUUGCUUUUUUCGGAUCGUUUCUGCGGAAGGAGGAUGUAAUGGCAAAAAGUGGGGAGCUCGCAUCCGCCAUGCACGACUUCGGCUGCCGGGAAAUAAUGAGGUUAAGGGGGGCCGUGGAAACUUCGGCAUUACAAAAACAGGAAGUGGAUACCGAUGGAAAGAAGGGUUCUGCUGCAGACAGUAUUUUUGGCAUUCUUGAUUUGAAAACACCACUGUACGCUGAUAGCGAGGACAACGCUUAUGAAGAUGAUGCAUACGAGGAAUCUGUCGAGGGAGACGAUUGCCAAACGCAGAAUGGCAAGUGCUGCAGGUCAUCUUCUUCCAUGGAAAGCGGAAUAAGGAAAGUGCCCCCAACACCCCAGGAGAAUGUGCUCAGCGGUAUCGGUGAGGUCGAGAACGUGGCUCUACCGUGCCACAUGUCACCUUCGUUGCCUUUGACAAACCUUCCUGAGUUAUCUGAGUCUACUCAUACUCACGAUGAUGUGCCUCAGUCCGGAACCGUAGUAUCAACACUCGAAAGAAGUGACGCCGCUCCGCCUACGCUUAUUAGCGAUCCUUUUGAGAGUGUGCGGUCGCUGGAUAUCAGAAAAACACGCUUUUCUCCGUUUGCAAGGGGUUUUACUGGUUUCGAGGAGAGGGAUGGGUGUGAACUAGAAGAGGAAGAAGGGAAUGAGGAUUUGCUAUUGGCGGAGACGAUAGGAUCUGUUGUGAGGCCGGAUGUCCUUCAAUCGCAUUCCCUUGCUUCUCUGCUGGAACCUGCCGUGGACAUUUUGAGCAACAUCGUUGCAUCGUCGCUGCAAGCGAUGCCCGCGAGGACAGCGCCGGCUAAUCCUUAUUCCUAUGGUGCUUGCGGUUAUCUACUUUUCCAGCUGAUACUAAUCACCGGUACCAUGGCAAACGAGGAAGAAGGGGCAUCAGUGCUCAUCAAUUUUUUCAUGCAUCAGGUGCUGGAGCUGGUCGCCACACGCAAAAGCCCCAAGACGCAAUCUGCACUACAGCUGCCCCCCGAAACGGGUGGGCGGAUGAAGUCAUCGUUACCAUUGUCAAGAUCAACUGAGUCGCUUGCUGACAAUGGACAGAGGGUCGACGAGUGCGCGGCCAGCGUUCCCAUGGAAAAUGAAAUGAAUGGAGGCAUAGCGUACGCGGGCAUCAUUUCGAAUAUAUUCGCUUUCAAUGUCUGUGCCUUCAAUGAUCUUCUGGUGGAUCUUCUCUCCUUUCAUGUAGUUGAGCUCUCAACCAUUGCCCCAUACUUUGUGCGUCUCCUGCUGUAUGCGAGGGUGUCUUGGAAUCUUUCAGACUUGCUGGAAAUUCGCCUGCAGAUAGUUAAGAUUUGUGUCGCGGCCAUUAAUCGAAAGCCGGUAAGUGAAAUGAGUCUAGAGGAGAUGGGGCUGAUACACACUAUGCUUACCCAUGUACUAGACUCACCGUGGCCUAUGAAACCGUUGAUGGCGUGCUUGAUCGGAAGUUUGAUGCGCGUUUACGACGAUCCAUCAUCCAAGGACACAAUGAAUCCGGACAGCAGAAAGCGCAAAGAGGUCAUCACAUUGUGCCUUCGGCGCAUCGCACUCGUUUACCAAGGAAGCAAGGACCUAAAGAAAGCUGUCACCGUGAACUCACUUGCUUCACGAGUCUCGAUCUACGAAGGCUUUGUGUCUGCAUUACUUUCGCAAGAUGAGACGAAUGCUAUCGUGGCGUUCGACGUUUACAUUAGUAGUAAUACCUCCAAACUGAAGGCGGUUAUGUCGGGGCGGCUUAAAAUGAAAGUGGAGUUAGCAGUGAAUCAUUUUUUGAAGAAACGGUCAUUUUAUGUUAACCAGAUGCGCUUGUUCAACGAGAGCUACAAUUCUACCGCGAAAUUGUCGAAUGGGUAUAGUGUCGCAGUAUUGGUGCAGGCAUAUAAUGGGCGGUUCUCUUCACGAGUCGGUUCCAUUGCACGCUUACAACCCGCACAGCUACACUGGCUAGCAGUGCCGCGUAGUUCACUUAGUCGUGGUGACUCUCAUUUGAGUGAAGCUUUUCGUAUCGAUUCUAGGCACAAGCGGUCCACAAUAUUGACUGCGAGUACAUUUUUUGCGAAUGCUGAAUCAGAUGAUAUGAAGGGUGUCUCUGCCGAGGAUCACAUCACUAUACUCAACACCAGCAGCUGCGAGCCGCAGGUCUGCCACAUUUCUGCCCUUAUCCCACCUGUCGCGGUUCGGUGUCGCCCGUAUGUGGAUUGCGGUUCAGUUCCUUUCAUUGAUCCACGAUGCAAGGUAACGUCCUCCGCUGCGGUUCUUCUGCAGCAUCUCCUAGAACCGAAUGAGGUGUUGCGUUACAUCAGUAAUGGGUUCCGUGUCAACGGCAUACAUGUGGCGCCGUGUCUCAUUCUAGUGACAAAUGUGGCAGUGAAGGUUUUUUCCUUCUCGCGCAUUACUGAAAAGGGCGAUGUGUUCCUGUACGACUAUGAGGGCAACGGCAGCAAUAACCUUGGCGGAGACUGCGAUGAGGAAACUGAUGAAGUGAACGCCUCCUCACGUGGGGGCGAAGGAGGUGUGCAGAAGGGUCAAAAGCAGCGGUCUCACAAUACCACACGAGGUUUUGCAGUAUCUAUGACGAACAAACUGCAACGGUUCCUCACAGAUGGGGGAACUAAGGGACGGCGGCGGCGAGAACACGAAGAGCACGAAGAUGGCACGAAAGUGGCUCAAUCCGUUAGGCAAGCAACAGGACAUCCGUGCAAAAGUCUCUACUGGUGUUACCUAGUUAGAAACAUUCGAAGCAUACGAGUAGGACUCUACAUGCACCAGGACACUGCCAUUUUUCUCGACGUUAUGUACAGUGACGGGCUCAUGCUUUCGCUCGUGGAUCCACGACAGUCGAUGAACACUCGUGCCCGCGACGAGUUUCUUGAGGUGCUACAGGAAGUCAUCGGCACACAACGGUGUACCAUUCACGACCAUGGCAAACGCAUCUCAAAUAUGCGCAACAUGCUGGCAGGUUGGGGUGGGAGGUCUGUUUCUACGUUCGAGUACCUAUUUUUCCUCAACCGCGCCGCAGGCCGUACAAUUCUCGACUACAACCAAUACCCCAUUUUCCCUUGGGUUAUUGCGGACUACAGAUCUUCUACACUUGAUCUCAGCUCGGAUUCGACGUAUCGUGACUUGUCCCGACCAAUGGGGGCACAAACAAAGGAGCGGCGCAGAAGUGUAGAGGAUUUAUACCAACAAAUGAUGGAGGUAGCACAACAACUUGGCGAUGGCGGUGUUGCCGCAAUGGAACUAACGCAGCCCUUUCACCACGGUACGCAUUACUCCACCAGCGGUGGGGUACUUUAUUAUCUCAUUCGCAUGGAGCCCUUUACAACAUUUGCUCGUAUCUUUCAAGGAGGGGAUUUCGAUGUUGCUUCUCGACUAUUUGACACGAUCGAUGGUUCAUUCCAAUCGUGUGUUAAUGGGCCGGCGGAUUGUAAGGAGCUAACUCCUGAGUUCUUUUUGGACGGCUCGUUCCUCGUGAAUAUGAAUCGUUGUAACUUUGGUACAAAGUCCGACGGGACUGCCGUGGAUGAUGUGAAGCUUCCGCCGUGGGCAAAGGACUCUGCACAAGUUUUCACUGCGGUGAUGCGGUACAUACUGGAGAGCGACCGCGUUGCGCACUCAAUCCACCAUUGGAUCGAUCUUGUUUUCGGUGUUUGUCGGCGAGGAAAGCUGGCGGUGGACUGCCAUAACGUCUUUCAGCGCAUGACGUACGGUGAAGAGGUUGUGAAGGCGCUGAAAGAAAGCCAAAACUCACGUGACAUCGACGUAAUUGUUGCGGAGGUUGACAACUUCGGACAAACGCCCAUGCAGUUGUUCCAGGAGCACCAUCCCCCACAAAGCGACUUGCGCCUGCUCGUCAGCGGGUCAAGUGAAAGUAAUCCCACUGCGAGCUUGAGUAGUGGCAUUUUCACAGUCGUGAGUACCUCCAGCACAGCAAAGAAGGGUGACCAUCGCUACAAAAACAGCACGAACACUGCUGGUAGUAACUCCUCUUUUGCUUGCAACAACUCUAUUGCAUCCACCAGCAGUUUUGCCUCGCGAACAGUAACUUCAAAGUUGCAUGGUGCUCGAGACCCUAGCCCGAAAGUACACUUGAUGAUGGAGUUUGUUGCUGCUGGGCGCCAGUCAAGGUUCACCCUGAAGGACCUCACUCCUGGAAGCCUAAUGACACUCCCAGUCGCUGCUGUGGCAUUCUGCAACACUCAGCGGGAGCCUGUCGUUGGUUUCGCCACCACGCGUAGCGGAGAAAUAGCUUGUUGCUAUAGGUACCUCAUACCUGUGGAUGACGAAGAUUAUCUAAUUUGCUUCGACUUAGGUGCAGAUACUAUGAUAUACAUUGACCUGAAAGGUGGAGAUCUUCUUUCAACAAUGCGAUACUCAACUCUACUGGAGCCGUCCGCGAAUAUAAGCUGUACCUGCGUAUGUUGUCGGGAGACUUUGGUGGCUGUUGGUUCCACAACUGGCACAAUAUAUUGUCUCAGGCCUAGCAUGGACAGUGGAGUGUUGACAUUGAGCUCAACGCUGUGUCAUCACAUGCACGCCAUUGCAGGACUCACUAUUGACACGAAGUACGGCCGAAUGGUUAGCUUCACAGUUAGUGGAAAUGACGCCCCCAUUGUUUGGUGUGUCCAGCAGGAACGGGUCGUAAUGUUACACCGCCUUAACGUGGUGCACGCCCUUGGUCACCUUUUUGUCGAUGAAGAUGACUCACGUGUGGUAGCUUCCGUAAUCGACCCUCUGACUUCAAACACUAUUGUGGUUACACGACGUCAUUUGUUAAUAUUCGAUUCCAACGGUGAUCGCUACGGAGUUGGUUCUCUCUCUGCGACGGAGGGUACUAAAACACCAAUGCAGGGCAAUGGAAAGUUGCAUGGAGCAGUGCACAGUUUUGAUGGAUCAUGCACCGCGGCUAUAACUGCUGUGACUCCGUACAAUACAUUGGAGUGGGCAUACGGCACGCAGCUUUUGCUAACUGGGCAUGAGGAUGGCAGUAUUUCGCUGUGGCGGGCAGUCCGUCUGCCGCCUGAUGGGGUCACACACGGUAACAUCGUUAGUGUGACGCACCAUGCGAUUAUUGUUGAUGGUAGUUGUCAAGCCAAUCUUGGGUCUGUAACGGCAAUGCAGCAGCAGCAAUGGGGUGAACCGGCGUUUUUAAUUGGUUACGGAAGCGGCAAGGUGAAGGCGCUGAGUUUUGCUACACCAUAUGGGGGAAAAGCUUAG